AUCCAAUCUAUGCCAUUAAAAUGCUCUGACAGGUUCCGACUUGUUUCUCUUGUCAACGCCCAAAUUCGACUUUUUUUUUGUUUCCCUUAACAAACCAAAUUUCACUGUUUCAUUCUUUUACGCGUCGAGAGUCUCCUCCAUGAGAAGCAAAUUCUCAGCUUCUUCCGAUGAUCUAGCUUCACUUAGAUCUCAUGAACUGAUUUGGCGAGUUUGAUGAUAAAGUUUGUAUUUUUCUUUGUGGGUUGAUUUCAAAUUGUGAGAAAGAUUCAAGAUUUUUUGUCGUCUCAAUGAUGCAGCAGCAAGAUCGAAUUGGUGAUGAAACAGAUCUUGAGUCUUUCACAAGUAGUGUUCCUAGUAGAGACGCUUCUCAUAGGUUUAGUUCUCAUCAGUUCUCAGGAAUGGUUAGACAAAGAGCUUAUAUAUUUGAUGGUGAUGGUAAAUACUAUAACAAAGAAUGGGAUCUUGCUGAAGGAACAGGGAAAGAGUUUUGUUGGUAUCAUGUUGAAUUACCUAAAGGAAAUCAGAAGCUUUCUCAAUCUGCUCAGCAUUUGAUUGAUGCUUUAUGCCCACCAUUGAAGCUUCAGGACAUUCUUGCUCUUGCUAGUAAUGGACCCUUUUGUGGGCAUGUUGAUGGAGCGCUUGUCUUUAGAGUUAAUUCUCCUGGUCCUGCUUCUAGUAGUAAUACGUUUAAGAUUGCUGCGAGGAUUACUGAGAACUCUGUGAUCACUGUUUCUUUAGGACGAGUUCCUAGGUUAGGUUUCUCGCCUAUGGGUCAAUCGCUUCUCUCGGAAGUUCCUAGUGUGAUUGAGGAGCAUGUUCUUGAGUUCUUGUUGAAAAUGAACCAUUCUGAGGAAGCUGAUAACCCUGUGCCAACUUCUGUUUCGAAUCUUGUUGUGCAUAUUAUUGACACACAUGUUGAUCGACUUCAAGAUGUUGUUACUGAACUUGAGAUCGAAUUGGAUGGGGUGGAGCUAGAAAUGGAUAGAGGUGGAUUUGCUAUGAAGAAAAAGAUGUUGGAUGAUAGAAGGUUCCCGAAAUUGCAUCUCAACUUGCAGCGUCUAUUGCAGGUGAUUGCGCAUGGAGAACAAGUAUUUCCAAGAGUGAAAGAAAAAUGUUCCACGAAGCCUUGGUUUCUGGCAGAAGACAUCCACUCGUUGGAAGAGUUGAUUGGGAGGUUAAGACGUUUAAAAGAGAAUGUAGGCUUCAUUGCGAACCGUGUGACUGCAAUCCAAGCUGGGUUGGAUAGCUGGCAAGCCGAACAAAUCAACCGAAAGCUCUAUUACCUCUCCUUUCUUUCCAUCAUAUUCCUUCCUCUAUCAAUUAUAACCGGAGUUUUUGGGAUGAAUGUUGGAGGAGUACCUUGGACGGGACAAGACAAACCGGAGCUAAGAGACGGAUUCAGAAAUGUGAUGUACAUCUGUUUGAUAAUGCUGGUUCUAGUGUUGUGCUGCUUCGGCUUUCCAGCGUUAUAUAGUCGCAUAGCGUCUUGGUGGGGAACGAGAGAUAUGAAAAGAAGUUGGUCUCUUAACAGAAGAUCGUUUAAGAAGAUACCAAACAUAGUCCAAGAAAGAAAAGGCUACCUUAGGCUCUAAACCAAACACACUUCUCUCUGAGUACUUCAUUUACUUUCUUUUCACCUUUCUUCAUUUGCAGAGACAUAUAUACUUCUGUCAUACUCUUAUGGAACUUUGGUUUCACAUGUAUUGUUGCUUAGAUCUUGAGUAAGACUACAAUGUACAGCUGCUAUUCUUUUAAUUCUUGGUUCUUUUUCAUUUAGAGAGACUCUUGUAAGAGACAAUUGUGUAUCCUUUUUUGAGAAAGGCAACAAGAGAUUGAAUGGAGAUUGUAAGUGGAGAUCUUUCGAAAUAUCGAAUGCUUGUUUUGUUUUUUCUCUCUUAA